UUUAGUGCCCGAAUCGGCAGAAAAGUUCCGAGAAAAAGUUUCAUCAUCCACAUUUUUGGGAAAUCGUUCAAUCACAGUUAGCCGACGGUAACGAUGGUACUCGAUCUGGAUCUCUUCCGCAGUGACAAGGGUCACGAUCCGGCGAAGGUACGGGAGAACCAAACGCGCCGCUUCAAGGAUGUGGCCCUCGUUGAGACGGUCAUCGAGCAGGACAAGGAGUGGCGCCGGUGUCGCUUCAACAUGGACAAUUACAACAAAAUGAAGAAUCUCUGCAGCAAGGAGAUCGGGGAGAAGAUGAAGAAAAAGGAACCGCAGGGCGACGAGACCGAACCGCUGCCGGACGCGUUGGUGACGGAGCUUGCCGAGAUGCAACUGAACUCACUGAAAACGCUUACGGUACAGCAAAUCAAGAAGGUGCGCACCCGGAUCGAUGAAGCGGUGGCCGAGAACGAGCAAUUGAUGCGCGAAGCAGAAGGCCGGCGUAAUGCGGCACUACGUGAAGUUGGGAACCAUCUGCACGAGAGUGUUCCGGUGAGCAACGAUGAGGACGAAAAUCGGGUUGAGCGUACGUACGGUGACUGUGAGCAGCGUCAGCGAUACUCGCACGUCGAUCUGAUCGUCAUGAUCGACGGUAUGAACGGUGACAAGGGUGCGGUCGUUUCGGGCGGUCGCGGCUACUUCCUUACCGGCCCGGCCGUGUUUCUCGAGCAAGCGCUCAUCCAGCACUCGCUGCACAGUUUGUACGCGAAGGGCUACACCCCGCUCUACACACCGUUCUUUAUGCGCAAGGAGGUGAUGCAAGAGGUAGCACAACUGUCCCAAUUCGACGAGGAGCUGUACAAGGUGGUCGGCAAGAGCAGUGGCGAGGACGGUGCGGCGGAUGAGAAGUAUCUGAUCGCCACCUCGGAGCAACCGAUCGCGGCCUACCAUCGCGAUGAGUGGAUCGCGGAGGCGACACUUCCGAUCAAGUACGCCGGGUUGUCCACUUGUUUCCGGCAGGAGGUCGGUUCUCACGGUCGAGACACGCGUGGAAUCUUCCGGGUGCACCAGUUCGAAAAGGUGGAACAGUUUGUGCUGACUUCACCCCACGACAAUCAGUCCUGGGAAAUGAUGGACGAGAUGAUUGGCAAUGCGGAAGCAUUCUGUCAAUCGCUCGGCAUUCCUUAUCGCGUGGUAAACAUUGUUUCCGGUGCGUUGAAUCACGCCGCAGCGAAGAAACUCGAUCUGGAGGCAUGGUUCGCCGGAUCCGGAGCGUUCCGGGAACUCGUUUCCUGCAGCAACUGUCUCGAUUAUCAGGCACGGCGAUUGCUGGUACGUUACGGACAGACGAAGAAGAUGAAUGCGGCCGUCGACUAUGUGCACAUGCUAAACGCAACCAUGUGCGCGACGACACGCGUUAUCUGUGCGAUCCUGGAAACGCACCAAACCGAGACCGGCAUCAAGGUCCCGGAAGUGCUGCAGAAGUACAUGCCGGAGAAGUAUCGUGAGGAGAUUCCGUUCGUUAAACCGGCACCGAUCGACGUCGAGCAAGCGGCAGCCGAAGCGAAGAAGGCUACCGGCAAGAAGGGCGGUGAGGCGAAGAAAUCCGGAACGGCAGCAUAAGCACAACCCUCGAAGCAGCUACCACGCAGUAGCAUUCGAAGAACGGACGAAUUGUUUAAUUUAUUUCACACUUUCCUCUCAUAAUCUGAAACGAAACGUUAAUGCAUUUGUCCGCAAGCCAGUGCAUUUACCGCUAAAAGCGCAAUACCGAUAAUAAAGAUGCUUUCCUUUUAGUAACUCG